CAUCUCAGUCUCAGAGAGUGUUCAGGGAGCGGAGUGAGAGGUGUAGUGGCGCGGCCCGGCGGGAGUGAUACAAUGUGACUUCAAUGUUCCCAAGCACAGUCUUACAGCGACCUGGUGUGUGCGUGGAGGUGUUCCGUGUGAAGUGCAGUGAGACGGUUCUUGCCACGGCGGGAGACACAAGGUGGAAAGACCGUCACUUAGGACACUUAACAAGCGGAAGACCUAUUGGGUGGUUUGGUUGUUCAGCACGAGGACUGCGGCACCGUGCGAGGAGAAGCAGGCAGUAAAGAGGGCUGGAGUCUUAUUGUGAGGAACCCUUAUAAGACUUCCCACCACACGAGACAGGAGUUCACAGGUGUGGGCGUCGACUUGAGCGGGGCGCGCGGCUGCCCUCCCCUGCCCGCCGGCCUUCAGGGGCGGGCGUCCAUGGCACAGGCGGCGCCGCCAGCAGGAUGUCGAGCAGUCGCCGCGGCGCGCCUCUGUCUCCUGCCGCCCUCGCCGCCACGCUGCGCGAGGUGCAGGCGUCACUCCAGCAGCAGGUCUCCACGUCAUGGUCACUAACGCAAGCAGCGGCGGAGAGGCGUGAAAGCCCCCAGCAGGAGGAGGACGUGAACGAGGCCUUCGGGGCUUGUCAGACCAUCGAGUGGAAAGAGCAAGAAUUCCUGUACCUGAAAUCCCGCGUUGACGGACUCGGGCGGCGAGAGAGUGACGGCACUGUGAGCGGUGGCAGGCCUGGAGGAGGCUCGCUGCUGCCGCCCGUGCACAGAGCGCUGGUCAGGUCAGUGUCCACGCCCGACGCCCCCGCCCUGGAGACCCGGGCACGCCCGUCACGACAGCAGGGGCGGCGACCCUCACUCAACCUGGAGAUGCGAGCCGGGAACACCUGUGGCUGCGGCAGGUGGGCUGUGCCUGACCUGCCGGAAGAGCCUGACCGCUACGACCUGCACGAGGUGUCUAGCCAGGUGCGCGCCAAGAUAGUGUCAUACGUGAAGUCCGCGGCGUGGGCGUCCCGCGAGUCUUUGCUGUCCGCGGCAUCCUUCAGCAUGGCGACCAGCGAUGAGGACGAUGAAGAGGAGGAGGAGGAGGAGGAGGAGGAGGAGGAGGGCAGCGUGGUGCGGGACGGCCCGGCCAGGUCUGUAUCGGAGGAGACGCUCACUUACUCCCUGGAGCCGCCCGCCUGUCCCGCCGAGAGCGAUGCGCCGCCCCGCCCCGCCAGCCCCGCCAGCCCCGCCAGCCCCGACGCCGGGCCCAGCUUUUCCUCCAUCCUCGACUCCAUCCCUCACAUCGACUCCUCCGACGACGAGAGGGAGGAGCGGGAAGACAACAAGAACACAAUGAAGGAGAAGAAUAAGGAAGAAGAGAAGGAAAGCUUACACCAGGAGGACACCCCAGCCACAACAGCAGCGGACGAAGGACGCGAGCCUGAGCUGCCGCCGCUGUGCCUGCCCGAGGAGGACCUGUGUGGGGAGGCAGGGGACGCCGCCGCCCGCCGCCACGCCCAAGAUUCGUGCCAGCGUGAUGUGCCUCGUGCCAGCCACACCCAGAGACCCACCCCAACCCAGACCCCCAGCCACGCCUCCUCCCACGCCCCCAACCACGCCCCUAGCCACGCCCCAAGCCACACCACGGGCCGGAGCACCAAGAGAAGACCCAACCACACCACACAGAGGCUGGGCUCAAGGACAGACAGCCACACCUCUGGACAGAUUCCAAGUUGUUCCUUAUCCUCCUCCUCCUCUUCCUUCUCUUCUUCGUCCUCUUCUUCCUCCUCCGCAUCAUCCUCUUCCCGCGAUGAGUCUCCUGCGAACGGACCAAUAGCGGCGGCCCUGACAGGUGGAAUGACGAAGAGUGGCGUGGGAGUGGUGGAGGUUUGGGACACAUCUCACCCCCACCUCGCCUCCUCCCUCGCCUCCUUCCUCCACCCUGGCCUGCCUCGCUCCCUGCUGCUGCUGCUCCCCGCUGAUGGCCUCCGCACCUCGCACCUCAUACAGCUGAUGAAGGAGCGAGUGUGGGCCGAGUUACGCGUAUGGGCCGAGUUACGAGUGUGGGUGGUUGCUCUCACGCCCACCGCCGCCCACCACGCCCGGAAAACACUACACCGCGCCCGCCUCAAGGGCGAGGUGGUGACGGUGACGCAGCUUCAGGAGAGAGUAUCCAUAGACCAGCUGACGGCCAGGUACGGGGGCACCCUUCAGCCCGACCUGUCCCGCCCCCAACGGUGUCCCGCGCUCCUCCAGCUGAAGGAGAACCUGGUGGAGGAGUUACGCCCCUGGGUCACGAGUCUUUCCUCCUCUCUCCCGACCCACAACUCUUCCUCUUCUCCGUCUACAUCCUCCUCUCCCUCCUCCUCACCCCCCUCACACUCCCUCACUCCCUCGGACCUUGCGGGACUCAGGAGCAGUGUGACCAGUGCCAAAAGAAUCCUGCAGGAGAUGGAGGAACUGUGCCAAAGAAAAGUGAGAACGUCCGCCGCCAGGAGAUGCGUGCAGGAAUGUGAAAAGCUAGUGGCGGCGGCGGAGGCGGUGGUGGAGGCUGGCAGGACCUCCCCUUACUUACGCCUCCUGCAGGAAGCCAACGCGGUGGUGGCGUGGCUCCUGGGUCGCGGAGAGCAGACUUUGGCGCACCACCAGACCCUCGCAGACACACUCACGGGCAUCACCAGGCAACAGACGGACUUCCUCAGGUUCUACUCCGUGGCCACGGUGAGUGUAUCCCUUAUCCUUGUGUCUCCUUGCCUGGUGGUGGGUUUGGUGUGGAGAGAGUGA